UGUUGCCAACUGGCCCUUUCUGAUCGGCUCCUCGUCUUUGGACUGCUGUCGCGGGAGGCUGGAGUCCUCAAGGAGUGCCGUAGUAUAGUACGAAGUGCGAGUGGAACGCCUGCCUGAGGGAGGGGGCGGAAGAAGCGGUUUGACGACUUGACGGGUUUGUGCGAAGGAGGUGACAAUUUUUGACAGUAAGAUCAGCCUUAGCGAGGAGGCGGGGUCGAGAGCAGCGAACUACUUAUGGAGUGGAGGCAGCACGAUCGUUUGCGGGGGAGAUGGCACAAUGCGCGAACCACUUAUGGAGGCAGCACGAUCGUUUGUGGGCAGCUGGCAGAAUCCGGCACGUGUGACGCCUCAAGUCACGAGCGGGGGGGGUAAUGGAUGCUCGGGCUGCGAUUCAGCCAGUCAGUCUGAAGAUUCUUCCCCGCGUUCUCUGAUUUCCCCAGGCGCUGUCCAAAAUUGUUUCCCGGGGGCGAAGCAGAGAAAGGACUAUAGUGAGAACGGUUUUCGGACAAAAGGACGGUCGCCGUGUAAAUCGUCGUGCAAAUUUAUGCUGGCGAGCUGUGCGCUGCUACGAGUGAAUUACUGAGUUAGCUAGGAAAUAGAGGAGGAGAGUGAGGGGGGAGUGGUGAGGUGUGCGGGUGGACGGAGUGAGGGUGGGAGGUGGAGGAGAAUGUUUAGUUUCUUCUCUUGCUUUUCCGCCUCGCGCCAGACGCCGGAAGAUGUUCCCGAAAAGCAAGUGGAGAGUGGGUCGGGAGGUGAGUUGAGCGGAGACGAUACCGGCGGUUUUGUGUGCGGAGAAUGUGCGUUUGGAUGGAUGAGGAGACGGAACGAUCGAUCACAGGCAAUCACAGAUGAUAUCAAGAAGGGAGGAGGUGGCGGGCCCCAGGUAGCGAGCACUAAAGUCGUCUCCUACGAGGAAGAGUUCAGACCUAUUGUUGCCCCGCAUGAUCCUGGGGUGGAGGAUGGCGGACCGGUCAAGUGUCCGCCGCCGGAUGCGAGCUGCGAUCAGGUUCAUGCGGCGAAUAGAACCGAGGGGCUGUGGAUCGGGGGUGGAGAAGUCAACCCUGACGGGACGCUUAAGGAUGGGUAGGUGUCUCUGUACGGCAGGGGCGCGCCAGGAAUGAAUUAACCACACAGGCAAAUGCGCAUUCAUCCACUGGCCCUUACGGUAAUCAAUCUCCCCUCGACGCGAUGUGAACUCCUGCGCGAAGGUGCUGUUAUGGCAUAUUAUGAUCUAUCGUCGUCCCCUCCCCUAGACGCGAUGAGAACCCCAGCGCGCAGGUGCUGUUAUGGCAUAUCAUGAUCUAUCGUCGUCUCCAUUCCGGCCUCUCACGUCUGUCUUACAGUUAAGCAGUCAGAGGAAUUGUGAAAUGGAUUCAGUUGGGUUCGAUGGAGCGACGGCCAACCUGAGAUUGACUGCUUCGUAAGGCCGCAUAGAGAGCGAAGGUCGGGUGGGGGUGGGGAGAGAGAGAGAGAGAGAGAGAGAGAGAGAGAGAGAGAGAGAGAGAGAGAGAGAGAGAGAGAGAGAGAGAGAGAGCCUCCACCUGUCUCUGCAAUGCAUUGAUUGCUCGGAGAGAAGAAGAGCAAUUCUGCGAACAGAAGACGGUUAGCCGGAGGAGUGCAAUCACAGUGCAUGCAUGCGUUCUACUUUUUUCUUACGAUGGAGGGUGGUGCGCUGGAGAGGGCGCAGGAGGGAGGAGGGUGUAAAAGGUGCUGUGUUGGUCGUCUCUCGCGCAACGAGCGUGUGUUUGUCGACCCCCUCUUUCUCGUGCCCAAGCAUCCGUUAUGUCUAUUAUUACCCUUACGGGCCGGCCGACGAAGGCUGUUUAUCACGUUUUAGGGCGCUUGUGAAACUGCUUGUGGAAACGAAAGCAAGAAGAGGAAGAGUGUUGGCAUUGUGGUGUCCGGAGUCCUUUAGCGACGGACUCUGUCUGUUAUGGAGUAUUAUGAUCUAUCGUCGAUUCCCCUUCGGCCUUCCCCGUCUGUCUGAUAACUAAGCAGCCAGCGCGAUUGUGAAAUGGAUUCAGUUGGGUCCGAUCGAGCGACCGCCAACCUGUUUUGACUGUUUCGUAGGGGCGCACAGAAACCGAAGGUCGGGUGGGUGCGCGCGCGCGAGAGAGAGAGAGAUUGAGAGAGAGCUCCACUGGUAUCUGCAGUGCGCUGCUUGUUCAGAGGGAAGGAAACGGAUUGUGCGAACGGAGGACGAUUAGCCGGAGGGGAGUCUCACAGAAUGACAGUGCAUGCAUGCGGUCGACUAGUUUUUUGAAGAUGGAAGGUGGUGGUGGAGAAAACUCAGGAGGUCGGAGGGUGUAAAAGGCACUGUGUCGAUCCUCCGUCUUGCAACGAGCGUGUGUUUGUCGGCCCACUUACUCGUGCCUAUCCAUCCAUCCAUCAUGUCGAUUUCCCUAAUGGGCCGGCAGAUGAACGGUGUUUUUUUAGGGUGCUUGUAAAACCGAAAACGAGUGGAAGAGCGUUGUCAUUGUGGUGUCAGUGUCGUGAGUCCUUUCGUGACCGACUUCAUCUUCGUGGCUCGAAAAAGUGUCCAUGAGGAGGAUUGUGCUUGUGUAUGUGGAGCUGUGUGAGUGGCAGUUAACAGGUGAGCGCGCAAUACAAGCGUGGGCAGGGGGAGUGGGGAUGAGAGGCGAUUGAAGGUUUAGGCUAUACCCAUUACGUGUUUGGGAUGAGAGAAGAAAAGACAGUCGAAGGAUGUGUGGGGAACCAAAAGAGGAGAAACAAGAGCGAAGGCGGGAACAAACGACGAGAAAAGACAGUCAAAAGGAUGUGUGGGGAACCAAAAGAGGAGAAACAAGAGCGAAGGCGGGAACAAACGACGGGAAGAGAAAAGGGAGCAUUUGCACGUGUAGUAGUGGGGAGAACCAAUGUUGAUUGGCCAAGGGAGAACCAAUGUUGAUUGGCCAAGACGUGCGUUCUGUAUAUGAGGCCGUUGUCGGGGGGGGAGAGAGAGAGAGAGAGAGAGAGGGAUAUGGACAGUUAAAAGGUAGGAAUUCAUUGAGUGGCUCUUUGUCGGCUUCAACAACUUUAUCGGGGCCUUGGCUGUUGUUCACAGUAAAGUAUGGUGUAGAUG